AUGGCCCCUCACAACGAUGCGCCCUCGCCGACCGGAGGUUUCGCAGCUGGCAUCAGUAAAAACUCACUUCGCUCAAGCGCACCGUCAAAUCUCAAGAUCGGAAGCUCCGCGGAUCCGGAAUCUCAUUCACCGCUGAGCAGCUCCUUCGACAGCGCCUCGCUGGGUGCUGGUCUCGACGAGAGCCGGCCGCUCGUCCCUGGUGUUUAUGUGCCAACCAUGUGCUUCUUUGACACUGGCACUGAGAAUGUGGACACCGACACCAUUGCCCGCCAUGCAGUGCGACUUGCCCAAGCCGGUGUUACCGGUCUCGCGACUCAGGGAUCGAAUGGGGAGGCGGUUCAUCUCACCCACACCGAACGCCAGGUGGUUACCGCCACAACUCGGCAAGCCCUCAACGAAGCCGGAUUCUCCAAGAUGCCGAUAAUCGUUGGAUGCGGAAGCCAGAGCACCCGCGAGACUAUCCAGUACUGCUCAGAAGCUUGGGCUGCUGGGGGAGACUAUGCUCUCGUCCUGCCCCCGUCGUAUUACUCUGGUCUAUUUGCGCCUUCUUCCGAGACCAUCCUGAGAUACUUUCGCGAAGUUGCGGAUUCCUCUCCGAUUCCCCUUCUGAUCUACAACUUCCCGGGAGCAGUGGGAGGGAUUGAUCUUUCAAGCGACGUUAUCGUGGAGCUGUCUCAGCACCCGAACAUUGCCGGCCUGAAACUGACGUGCGGCAACACGGGCAAGCUGAAUCGUGUCGCAAAUGCCACGAUGAAGUUGGCAAAGAAUCCAGAUGCGGAUGUGCCUGAGUUUCUCGUGCUGGCUGGCUCGGCCGACUUUUCUAUCCAAUCUCUGGUCGCUGGAGGACAUGGCAUCCUUGCAGGGCUGGCCAAUAUUGCCCCCAAGGCAUGCAUAAGAACAAUCAAGCUCUUCCAAGAAGGUAAGUAUCAAGAAGCACAAGAGAUUCAAGAGGUUUUAUCUCAGGGAGACUGGACAGCUAUUCAAGGAGGCGUCGUCGGAGUCAAAGCUGGCCUUCAAGCCUGGCUGGGGUAUGGAGGAGUUGCGCGCAGCCCUCUGCCGAAGCCCACACCAGACCAGAUGAAGAGAUGGAAGGAGGGCUUCCAAGACCUCAUCUUGCUGGAAAAGUCUCUCUGA